AUGGAGCACAAUCAUCGAUUCCGUUACAGCUCUCCAGAGAUCCCAGACCGCAGGAAACGGCGACGAGUGAGCCAUACACAUUCGGAAACGACCCGGCCAUCUAGGAUCAACACCCCGGAGGAUGAAACUAUUGAAUCUAUUGACCUCACCGACGGACCGUCCGCACUCUCGAGGACGUUGGCGAAACAAAGAGAGGAUGCAGUGAGGGCUCAGCAAGAGGCCGAUCACCAAGGACAACGCUCAUCAUUGGCCAACUAUAAAUGCCCAGUGUGUAUGGACACGCCAGUGGAUGCGACAAGCACAAUGUGCGGCCAUCUCUUUUGCCAUAAAUGUAUCGUCGACACCCUAAAGUUUAGCGAAGAGCAGCGUAUGGACGCGCCUGGGAGAGGUCCGAAAGGAAUGUGUCCGGUGUGUCGGAAACCGCUGACACGCGCUGAUGCUCCUGGACCGAAACGAAACCUCAUCCCUCUACAAUUGAAGCUGUCAACGCGAAAACGUAACACAGUCGGCGCGAUGAAUGCGUCCAUGGCUUGA